AUUGAUGUUACUCAACAUUCUGAAACGGGUCGAUCACAGUGCCAGGAACAGCAAUCUGCCGAUUUGUCGUAGCCUUUGCAAACUUCUCAUCGCCAAGCAGCAGCAACCACAAAGCCAAACAUUUGACCAACCACUAGCUAAAGGUAAUAGGGCACAGCACUAACUGGAUAAAGUCCAGUUGGCUGUGUGAGAGCGGGGAAAACGUGCCAAAUUCAUUAAUUCUGCUGGGCAUACAACAUUCAGUACUAACCGCACCUACCUCAGCGACAGGAGGAAGUUUCACAUUCCCGAACUAAUCGGCAAGGACCUCGCCAAACUAAUCUAGCACUUGCAAUCUCACACUGAAUACAUCUUUUACCACCCACUCAUCCGCACAUCUGCCUAUAACCUGUGUACGUGUGGUUGUGUUUGCGUGCAUUCUUAUGCUCGUCCUAGUUCAUGACUAAAAAAACAUAAAUCUUCACGAUGCUAACAAUCGCCGUUGUAAUUGCCAGGGCAUUUUCGCAACUCACCAGUAUGGUACGACAAGGUCCCCGCCCUCUGGUCAUUUGUGGCCCAUCUGGGUCCGGUAAAAGUACCCUGCUGAAGAAGCUGUUCAAGGAAUUUCCAGAAACGUUCGGUUUCAGUGUAUCACACACGACAAGAAAACCACGUCCGGGAGAGGAAAAUGGUGUCCACUAUCACUUCGUUUCGGUGGAAGAUAUGCAGGCUGCCAUCGAGAAUGGAGAAUUUAUCGAGACUGCCGUCUUCAGCGGGAAUAUGUACGGCACUAGCAAAAAGGCAGUGGAAACUGUCCAGCAUCACGGCAAAGUGUGCGUUCUUGAUAUUGAAAUUGAAGGCGUCAAGCAGGUUCGGAAUUCUGAGCGCUUGAACCCGCUGCUGGUCUUUAUCAAUCCUCCUUCCAUUGCCGAGCUGGAGCGUAGACUGCGUGGACGAAAGACUGAGACCGAGGAGAGCUUGCAGAAACGAUUGAAUACGGCGCGGGUUGAGAUCGAGUAUGGAAACACUGCAGGCAAUUUUCACAUCGUGGUCCACAACACCAAUCUGAAACAGGCAUACUCCGACCUGCGGGACUUCAUUGUACGCGAGCUGGAAACUCAACAGAACCAAGAUAAUCUUCUCAUACCUUCGUUAGCUACCGGAUGUAAGGGUUAUGAGUCUUAAGUAUUUCGAUACAUAAUCCAUGUAUGUCAUUACUGCUUUUUGUGUAAUGUCAACACGUACACGUACAUUUAAACUGAACACUUUUUUCACAACAUGAUGAACUAAUUGUAAGCAGCCACAAAAGUAAUCUAAUCCCACUGAAACUAUAGCUGUUAGACAAAUACAAAUUUACUCCUGAAAUUAGAAAUCAGUAGGGCCGCUGGUAAUAAGCGGGAGAUUGAGGAAUGGAUUUUGAAGCUAAAAAUAAAUUAAAUGCUGAUGGGAAACUAAUUGCUUUUUCGUUGUUAGCAAUAAUGUUUAGGCUUUAUAGAUUCACUUUUCGUCCUGCUCUCUUAUAAAAUGAAAGCUUUUCUUGUCCGCCGUGUAACCAAUCGAGAGGAAGUAAGGUGCUAGUAUUACAAAGUCAGAGGCCAGGUCACAGACAGGAAAAAAGUACACAGAAGACCUGUCCGACAAUUUAUUAUUUUAUAAUCAUAUUUUUGCUACACUCAGUUUUGGAUCACUGUCGAAGAAAUCAAUACAGAAUAAGUAGUAAGUCUGGACGUAGUUAAGGUGUUGUUGGAUCAUAAGAUCAGUUAGUUCUCUUCAAACCAUGGUCCUUUAGCAGGCAUCAAUAAAUGACGUUGUGCUUUCAGUAACUGGAGAAUGAUGA